GUCAACCCUUUCUCCCUUUAUCAACUGUGUGCGUUUGUACUUUGACUUCUAGGGAUUACUCCGGCUUGACAGCAACUUAUUCCGUUUCUUUACUGUAGCGAUACCUUUCGUGUCCACAAUGGACCGCAGCUUGGAUGAGAUCAUUGCGGAGCGUCCUCAAAAACAAAAUCGGGGCGGCCGCCGUCCUCCCCAAAGUCGUCGCCGUGAUGGCGUAAGAAAGUCUUAUAGAGAAGAACGCCCUGAUUUAGAUUUGGAUUGGGUACACGACAAAUAUGAAGACGACAGAGAUUCACGCCCAUCCCGUGCCCCUCGACGACCACGCGGUGACCGCUAUUCCCCGCCACCAGACCCCGCCCCUACUGGAGCUAAGCUUCGUGUUGAGAACCUUCAUUACGAUAUUACAGAAAGUGAUCUUGAGGAUCUGUUUACUCGGAUUGGCCCGGUCAGCAACCUGUCUCUCGUCUAUGACCGAGCAGGACGCUCUGAGGGUGUCGCUUUCGUUACCUAUGCACGUACCAGCGAUGCGAGAACGGCCAUAAGCGAGUUUGACGGCGCGAAUGCUAAAGGACAACCUAUUCGUGUGACUCUUGUCUCCACAGGUGGUGGACGGCGAGACCGGAAUCCCUUUGACAACGUUGAAAGACCUAAGGGUAGCCUGUUUGACCGUGUGGAGCGGCCACGCGAUCGUGACUCUCGCAGCCUUAGCCCCGGAAGUGGACAUGAAAGUGCUGACGAUGGUGCACGCCGCCGUCGUGGCCGCCGGGGAGGUGGUGGACGCUACCGACGUAGCGAUGUCUCCAAGCCAGCCCCGGAUCAUAUAGAUCGGUAUGUUCCUGGGCAGCGAUCGCCGGCACGUCGUCCUGCCAACGGACGACGCCAGGGCCAAGGCGAGAGCCGUCGCGCCCCUGCUACUCGACCCAAGAAGACGCAGGAAGAACUGGACCAAGAGAUGGACGAUUACUGGGGCACUGCGAACACUGGUGCUGGCACUGCUGACAAGGAGACCGUUCCGGAUGAGCCGCAGCAAAUUGCGCCUCCGACUACAGCUGCUGCUGGCGACGACGAUGUUGACAUGAUUGAGUAAACCCACCAAUUAUCAACACUUGUAACUAGCUAAUACCUGGGUUUCGAAAAUUUCGCGUCAAAAUUGGGAAGGAUAAUCAAAUGUCGUUAUUAUUUCUUUACACAAAGGCCCAACUAUGCUUAAGUCAUAAUAGUUCGAAGCCAUUGACCACCCAACUCGACUCAUACAAAUAUAUAGAAUCAAUCAAGCUG